GCCCAGUGCGCAUCGUGCUAGUUCAUAACUUUUCCGUUGUGCCUGCGCCUGCGCUGCGACUAGGCCCUAACGACUGAUGAACGUGCGCUUUUCCCCCUUCAUCCUUCUAUUGCACCAUCAUCAUCUCUUCUUCGGUUUCCUGGGUUUCUGACUGUACAAGCGCCCGCAACAAGACCGAGGACGCAGAGUUCUCCGGCCCAUGUUCCGACGCUCGUCUCGAGACCCUUGUAGCAACAACAAGUCUCAGCAUCACACGAGUCAGCGCUUUCACCCUCCACCAGGCUUGUUUUCCACCACCUCUUUAUCGAUUUACCAGCCGUUGAGAUCGACUCUCCACUUCUCAGGCUCCUAUCAUUCAGUCCACCACUGUGCGCCCGUAUCCAUUGGCGAUGACUGUGCCGAGGCCGUGAUUCACCGAUCUGCCUAGAGGCCAUAACCAUCAUUUUGAGUCCUCGAGAAGCGGUUCCUUACUACUAGUAUUCGCUCCACCUCAUCGUGAUCACCUUAAGCCGAUGUCUGUGCUGAGUUUGGCCGAAGACUUGAAUCAAUCGCUCCUUCAUCAUCGCACAGUCGCUCUCUGACACAUCUCGCACUACAAUCGACGAAACCAUCCUCCCACCGAAGGCUCAGUUGGUGACCGCAUCGACAUUGGAUCGUUCUGAAGUCACUACAUGCCACUGACUGACUGCUGCCCUUGCCGUUGACAUCGGCCACGCUUUUGACGGCUUCUAGAGCCAACAUCGAAUAGACGCACGACAGUUUGUCUGGAACUCAUUCGCCCCGAAAUCGAGCCUGUCACGCAUCCGACGUGCGCUCCCGCCUCUGAUUUUGCUGCAAAGCGGCUUCCCACCUGAUCGCCUGUUGCACAACGUCCUUCUGUGACACAAAACGAAGCUUGCUGUACAUCCAGAGUCUCGGAUACCCGCAGCGGAACGAAAGCCCUCGCGCAGCUUUGCGGACGUGCGACUUUGGCUGCUGGGUCUUAAGAGAAGUGAAAGACAAUCCUUAGUGACCGCAAGGGCUUCAAGCUGGAUUACAAACGGUCGGCUGCCGCUGUUUCGCAUCACUGUGCCAGAUCAGCACGCUGGGAAUACAUUUCCGCACUUAGCCUUGUCGCUCUUCCAAAGUCAAUUGGGGCUGCAAGUUGAGCGCAAUGAUUAAAAAGAGGUCCACCAAAAUAUCUUGGCCAUAUACACCGGAACCUUCACCUCGCCUAGGACCAUCUUUGUAUUCGUUGGAGGAUAUUUCGGAGGAUUUUGAUAUGCCUGGCGACGAAGGCACCCGGGCUCGGCCCAUCAGCAUGGUGGGCAGGAAGGAAGGCAUCCUGUCUCCGGCCCGGCCCACGCUGGAAGACGUCCUUGCCAACAAAGCACCAUCGCCCUACACACUUGCAGCUUAUACCGCUUUUCUGUCCCAGCAGCACUGCCUUGAGACCCUGGAGUUUACGACGGAAGCCAAGAGGUACGCUGAUAAAUUUGAUGAAGCAUCAGCCAGUUUGGCAGGAAUGCCGAUCACGGUGGACACGCAAGAAGGCUGGGAAUUGAUUCAAGAUUGGAUCCGUAUUCUCGACAUCUAUGUCAAGCCCGGGGCACCUCGAGAAAUCAACCUACCGGCAGAAGAGCGAGAUGUCCUGAUUGAGCAGCCCUACGAACUACGGCCACCGCGGCCUGAGAAGCUCGAUCCCGCCGUGAAACGCAUGUAUGAUCUGAUGUCGGAUUCCAUAUUCAUCCCUUUCUGCAACAGCCUCCAACAGCUACCUUAUGCUCAGACCUACGACGCCCUCUCAAAUUAUGGCAACCUUGGUAGUCUCGAUCCACCUCGGUUAACCUACGACGAGCGUUCAAUGCACCGGCAAAUGGUGUCCUCGCGACGAAGGCGGUCACCGCCCAACACCUCGGCCGGCUCGCUAGAAGGUUCCCGGUCGUCUACGUCGCAAUACCACCCAACUUCAUCCUCGUCACUUUCAUCCGCCUUCGGUCGCCAGAGUGGGGCACGGUUAACUCACCAUAUCUCUCCUUCGUCGGCAGUGUCAGAAAGUGCUUUGACGGACAGUAGUGGUGGACCGGAGAGUCCCCCAGCCGGAGAGCCCGAACUGGUCAUGACUCCACCAACGACGCCUCCGACGAGCGACCUCGGAGUGAGUGGGACAAGCCAGUUCGGCGCGGCGACAUCGGGCCAUACAGCAAAAACACAUCGAAGUGAGAGCGGUGGGUGGAAGAAGGCGAUGAAACUGUUUGGGGGAAGCAAGAAGAAAAACGGAAGUUCGGAUGGAUGAGGAGACGAGGGCACGGGUUUAGCAGAGGACAGUAAUCUACACAGCAUAGGGCUGGCAGGCUGGAGAAUCAUCGCUAUCUCCCCGUCUGAGGCAUACUACAGGCGUUGAUAAGGAAAGAUAAACCGGCAGCAUAACGGACAGGGAACGUCCGAUCUGAAUGGGUUUCAUGAUGCGGCUACGAGACACGAUUUGGCAUGCGGCGUUGGUUGGGAUUUUGGGAUUGUUACUAUCAAGUGCAUCUCUUUCUUUUUGGGGGGUCUGCCCUGCUGAUGGACAGCAUGGAGACCUCGCAUUUGAUUUGCGACAGAUGAGGUUAUUUGACCUGGAGGGACGGAUGUGUCGAUGGUCACGCAAGGGUAGAGGUGACAAUGUAGGCAUACGGCGCUGUCUACCACCUGUGCCGGGAAUAAUACCCGUAGCCAGUGACUAGCGAUUACAAAAUCGGGCCUCUCUGGGCCUGGAUUGUCAAUGUAUAGUGGUAAAUCCCCCGAUCCUAAUCUGAAUCCAGUGUGAUGACCCAGAAAAUAGUCCUGUAAUUGCCAUAUAAUUCG